AUGUCUAUUUCACCGAGCCUCUCUCCGAGACAGUGCCCAGAUCGUUACGCCUUUCGUGCGGGUCGGAACUUACCCGACAGGGAAUUUCGCUACCUUAGAACCGUUAUAGUUACGGCCGCCAUAUGA